GGGGAAUAGGGGGGUUGUUACAAACAAUUUGUUCAUAUUUUAGAUAAUCGUUAAUGUAUUAUACUUAAAUUCAACAUGUCGUGCAAUCACUGUAGUACAAAAUUCAAUUUUUUCCACAAAGAGAUGGGAUGUUCUCAUUGUGGACUAUCUUUUUGUAAUAAAUGUUUAAAGCAAAAAUGUAAAAUACCUUCUAAAGGCAAUGGAGAAUACAAUGUAUGUCGAAUAUGUUUUAAUAAACUUACCACGGGUAAUUCAGCCAACCAAUCAACCUCACAGCCUCCUCCAGACACCUUUUUAAAAAGACUUGAAAAUCUGGAAAAUCCUAGCGCGCCCCCUAUAACAAUCUACAAGCAAAACCAUGAUCAAAGGGGACAAAAUUUACGAGCAGGGUUGUCACAAGUAGAUCAGAAACUUGUUGAAAGACUAGAAAAGUUAAAGGAAGAUAAAGGUCCACCUCCACCCUCAGAAAUAGAGAUCAGAAAGCGUCUUGCCAACCUAAGGGGAGAAAAUGAUUACGUUGAAGGGCCCAGCAGACAACCAUUGUUCACUAAUGACACAAGGUCAGAGCAGCAAAGGGUUGACAGUUUGUUGGAUCAGUUUGUAAACGAAAGAGAAAUUGAGUUGGCUUACAAUCCUCAGGAAGAAAUUGAAGCCAGGUUGGCCACCUUAAGAGAAAAAGGAGUGAGACCAAAUGAGGGGCCCUACAUAGCAAAUCUGCAUGAUUCAGGCAGCAGUGAGGAGGAACUCGAUAAGAUUACAAAAAAAAUAAUGGACGAGGUCGCGUUGGAACAACGAUGCUCCCUACCGACCGAAAACAAAACGAAACCGCAACCGAUACGAUCGAAGGCGGCGUCGAACUCCUCGACAGAAGACGACGAAUCAGGAGGCCGUUCAGCGUCGGCGGAGUUGCCGUGGUGCGUGCUGUGCAACAACGAUGCCAGAUAUCGCUGCUACGACUGCAGUGGCGACCUCUACUGCAAUGAGUGCCACAAGGAGGUGCACAAAAAUUGGGGGGAUUCGGAUCACAAAGUUGUGCCAUACAAAAACAAGUAAUUAAAUCGAAUGUAACCUUUAAAUCACAACCACAUGAUUGUUUCACACAUUAAUCUACGUUUUAGACGCUUAUUUACUAACUAAUUUAUUGUAAAAUACAGAA